AUGUUGUUUUUCAGCUUUUUCAAGACUCUUGUAGAUCAAGAGGUUACAGUUGAAUUAAAGAAUGAUAUAGAAAUAAAGGGUACCUUAAAAUCAGUAGAUCAAUUUCUUAAUUUAAAGUUGGACAACAUAUCGUGUGCCAAUGAAUCCAAGUAUCCACAUUUGAAAUCAGUCAAGAAUUUAUUUAUCAGAGGAUCUACUGUUCGUUACGUCCACAUGAAUGCCAACUCGGUGGACUGCACCUUAUUACAAGAUGCAUCUAGAAGGGAAGCCAUGGUUCAAGCUCAAACUUCAAAGUAA